AAUAAAGUUGUUAAAAAAGGGAAGAAAAAAAGAAAGCACUGGUGGGUGGAAGCUGGCGGGUUCCAUAUUUUCUCUCCAUAGAAGCCAAGUAUUGAAGCUUUUCCUGUCCAUUUACCAGCACUACCGAGGAGAAGGAAAGAUGCCUGCUUUAUAAGCAAACAACUUCCAUGUGAAGACUGAUAAAAUAAAGCACUCUGUCUCUGCUGAGAUGUGUUCAUGUCUAGAGACAGGGCAGGGAGAAGAGAGAAUGGUGGACUCUGCAAUUUAAAGGAUUUCUCCUUUUUCUCUCUGUUUUCAGUGUAUCUUCUUCGUGCCUGACGCUUCUGUAGUCACUGUGGACCGGGGGGGCAAAAUAUCUUCUGAAUCUCACAAUCUGGAUAUGGGAACUAAAGAACUAGCUACUGAGAGCUUGGAUGCUGAUAUUUACCUCACUUUGGGGCUUAAAGGAUCGAGCAAAGCUGUACCCGGGACCCCUCGUAUUUUAUCUCUUCUUUCUUCACUUCUCGAGAGAUCUGUUCAUAAAAAUGAGAUGCAACUUGAAACAACAUCAGUUAAGGAUGUCAUUACCAUAUUUCAUGGUCUAAGUGCGCCUCCUGUAAGCAUCCGGCAGUACGUUGAUCGUAUCUUCAAGUAUUCUGGCUGCAGUCCCUCCUGCUUUGUCGUGGCACACAUUUAUGUCGAUAGAUUCCUUCAGCAAACUGAUGUUCGGCUGAAUUCCCUUAAUGUUCACCGGCUUCUUAUAACGAGUAUUAUGGUGGCAGCAAAGUUUACUGAUGAUGCAUUCUUCAACAAUGCAUACUAUGCGAAAGUUGGAGGAGUAAGCACACGAGAGUUGAACAGAUUGGAGGUUAAGUUUUUAUUUAGUCUGGAUUUCAGACUUCAAAUAAGUGUCGAUACGUUCAGAAGAUACUGUUAUCAGAUGGAAAAAGAAGCUGCCGAAUGGCUUCAGAUUGAGCGGCCAAUGCAGGCAUGUAGAAUCAAAAAGAACUGGUCGAAGAAAGAUGAUUCUACCACAUGUGCUUCCACAAUUGCUAGGUGAAGAUACAUGGUUUCCUCAAUGUAUCGUUGCGAUUCCACAUUUUGUUAAAGACAUUCCGGCUCAACCAUGCAAAUGUUCUCACUCCUGUUGACGUGUUUGAGCCACUACUCAAUAGAGCUCGCCCUAUGAUCGGUUCUUCCUUCGCUUGUUUCCCCUUUUAGGACCUGUUUCUUGCUCCGGUUUUACGCUUUCUGCUGUUUGGGUAUUUACUGGAUGCAAAAGCAUGAAAAUACACUAAUGCUGGCAUGGUUCCACUUGCUAUUAAGAUGGUUGGUUGAGCCAUUUCCCUGGUGAUUUGGGUUUAUUUUUGUAGGUCCCUGAUACAAUUUUGUGUUCAUUCAAGUUUGAUUGGGGUUGCAAUUGCAUCAUUUAUCCA